AUGAACAGAAUUAUUUAUAUGAUUAUUAUAAUAUUGGCUUUAUUAAAUUGUAAAAGUUAUGGUAAAUCAAAAUUGAAAAAAGGUAAUAAAAAAGGAAAUAAGAAUGUAUCCUUAGGUGGAGAAUUUUUAGGUGAUAUUACACCUAUGCCUAAUUCUGUUUAUAAUAUGCAUGUUGAUUUAAAUAAAAAUUACGAGUUGAAUAAUUUUGUUCGUAAUGAAAAUGAGCAUAUAAAUAAAAUAUUAUUUUUAAUGUAUAAAGAACAUAAUAAUACUAUGAAGGAACUUGAAGAAAUUAUGAAUUCAAGACAAAACAUAAUCCAACACUUAAUUAAAGAAAUGGAAAAAUUAAAAGAUAAUUAA